UUUGUAUAUUAAAGAGAAAGAUCCUCUAAAGUGGGAAAAAUGGAUGAUGUAGGAGUGGGGAAAAUUGCUGAAUGUGCAGGCAAGGGUGUUGGGGUCUUGUUUAUGAAGUUUGAACAUUGGAUAUACUUCAUCUGUAGCAAUACUAUUCCAAUAUGGUGGUUCCUCCAUUAGCCUCACGCCAGGUCCGCAGCUACUAUGUGGACUGGAGGAUGUUGCGUGAUGUGAAGAGACGAAAAAUAGCCUAUGAGUAUGCGGAUGAGAGGCUGCGGAUCAAUUCACUCAGGAAGAAUACCAUUUUGCCAAAAGAUCUUCAGGAAAUAGCUGAUAAAGAAAUCGCAGCCCUUCCCCGGGACAGCUGUCCUGUUCGGAUUAGAAAUCGAUGUGUCAUGACAUCCCGUCCACGUGGUGUAAAGCGUCGCUGGCGGCUUAGUCGAAUCGUGUUCCGUCACUUAGCUGACCAUGGGCAACUUUCUGGGGUCCAGCGAGCAAUAUGGUAAAAAUCUGCUCCAGAACCAACUAGGCUUUCAAGGAAGAAAAGACUUUUCUUCUGUCUUUUUUGUGAUGCUGGGGAUCAAACCCAGGGCUUCACACAUGCCAGGCAAGUGCUCUACCUUGAAGCCACAUCCCCAACUGAGACUUUUCUAACAGACAUCCUAGCUUAUAUAGGGGUCCAGGAGAGUUGGCUUGUCUACCCUAUGCUACCUACAGUUAAAUUGCUUUCUUAUUUUACAUGAAGAAAUUUGGGUGUUUCCUUCUGUCAUUAAAUUAUCUCCUUUCUUUAAUAGAUUAAACAUACUGUUCACAUACAUGAUACAAAGAGUAGAGCAAUAAAAGUAUUUUCU